UGCUGCCCUCCGCAGCUUCUUCCCUCGAAAAAAAAAAACUCACCGCUCAGCUCAGCGCCUCGGGCGGAAGAAGGACCGACCGACCGACCGGACGUGCGCCGCCGCGGUUCUGCCGGCGACCUGAGCUCGUCGACGGCGCCGGCCACCGACCGCUUUGCCUCCAGAUUUGAGUGGGAGAUUGGCGAUGGUGGAUGCUGAUGAGAUGCCCCAACCGAUCUAUGCCGAGAAUAAACCAUGUGCGGAAAUCGAGUCGCGGCGCCAUUCCCCCACUUUGAUGCUGGCCGUGGUAACCAAGGUGCUCGAUGACGACGACCUCCUCGCCGAGAUCCUCCUCCGCGUCGUGUUCCCCACCACCCUCGUCCGUGCCGCCCUCGUCUGCAAGCGUUGGUACCACCACGCCUCUGACCGCCGGUUCCUCCGCCGGUUCCGCAAGCUCCACCCGCCCUGCCUCCUCGGCUUCUAUGUUGUUUUCAAGGGUGCACGCUUCAUACCGAUGCAGCCUCAACCACCCGAGCUCGCUGCCGUCGUCCGCCAUGUUGCAGGCUACAGGUUUGGCAACUUGAUUGACUUGAAGGACUGCCGGAAUGGCAUUGUCUUGACCAGGGACCGGAAACAAGGAGUAUUGACAUAUAAAGUCCCGUUGUGCCCUGAGAGAGGCAUGCCCACUGUCCCACCACUCCCACGCACCCAGGGCGGCAGCAUUUUCUAUUUCGGUGAAAUCCUCUCCAAAGAAGAAGGCGAUGGCCUGUCCUGUUUUUAUAUGGUAGUGGAGGUUUCCAAGGAGACAAAAGAGGUCACGGUGAGCGUAUAUAUGCUGCAAGAUGGUGUCUGGUGCAUGGUUACAUCAUCCAAAAACCAGCUGCAUUGGCCGCUGCCAAGGCCAAACCCUGUUCUUGUUGACAAUAAAAUCUAUAUGGGAUCUGCCCGUGGCAACAACAUUCUUGUCUUGGAUUUGAGUGCCUCAACUUUCUCCGUGAUUCACCUCCCUCAAGGAGUGGAGUAUGCAUCUUCAGAAAUCAAGUUGUCACGUACCGAUGAUGCUUCCGGUGUAUAUCUCAUCCAUUUGCGUCCCAUGGAGUUUCAACUUUGCGUAUGGCUCCACAAGGAAGACAACUGGCUGCUGGUGGAUACCAUGUAUUUGCAUGAGAUGUGUGCCAUUUUGGGGAAGACAGAUCGCCGGUAUGUGCAUAUAAGGCAGGUGGGAGACAAUGAUCAGUUUGUACUUUUACAGACUUCUCAAUACAUAUUCUACUUGGAUAUCAAGUGCAGAACACUGCAUAAAGUGGAUGAGAUGACAGUCGAUGAACAAUGUUAUGCUGACAUCCAUCCUUUUAUGAUGAUCUGGCCUCCCAUAUUCCCUGCCCUCAAGGACGAUCCUGCAAGGAAUGCCAUAUGAAGGAGGACUAUAUCAAGAAGCUUUUGGAUGGCCAGUGACAUUUAGGGCCUCGUCAAGGAAUAGCAGAGAGCUGCACUGCCUGAUUAGCAGUUGUAAGUGCGUCCACUGUAACCUGCACGGGAUUAAUUAGGGUGCUAUGCAACAAAAGCAGGUCCAAUCCUUUGUAUGCAUGUUUAGUAGUUUGAUUCGGAUAUAUUGCGGCCACUGUAACCGCGCAUGAUAGAUAUUAGACCUAUCCGUUGUAUGCAUGUUUAGUAGUUAUCUCACCUGAUCCGCUUGGAUCGUACUGGCCUUGCCAUUGCUCCACUUGUUACGGUAUUUGCGGAAUCUGUCUUGUUGAUCUGUUC